AGAUAUAAGGCUCGUUCGUUCCUCUUACGACUAAAACGAAAGAACGUGUUUCUUCCCAAAGGUCUCAAUAACACCUAUAUUAAGAGACCCAAGGGAGAUCGUUCAAUCCAUCGCAAAUCCGCUUGUAUCCUUAGAGAAUCCAACGACAUCAUGGCUUCAUCAUCUUCGUCAUCAAAGUUUGGUUUCUCCUCAACCGCAUCUACUUUUACCCCGCACAAUUAUGGGAUAGAACCUCUAAAUGGUACAAAUUUUUCAACAUGGAGAGAAUCUAUAAAACUCUCACUUGGCAUGAUGGACCUCGAUCAAGCACUGAGAAUGGAUCCACCAGGUGCUCCUAAUGAUGAAAGCACUGUGGAACAGAAGCGUUCUUAUGAACAGUGGGAGAGGUCCAACCGAAUGUGCCUCAUGGUGAUUAAGAACUCCAUAUCAGUAGCUAUUCGCGGAGCGAUUCCUGACUCUGAAAAUGCGAAAACCUACCUAGAAUAUGUGGAAGAACAGUUUAAGGGCACCUCUAAAGCAUAUGCUAGUACCCUGAUUCUCAAAAUGUUGACUAAUAAGUACGAUGGAGUGAGUGGUAUUCGUGAACACAUCAUGAAGAUGUCUGAUAUGUCUAACAAGCUCAAAAGCAUGGACAUGGAGAUUAGUGAAGGUUUUCUCGUUCAUUUCAUAAUGACUUCUCUACCUGCGUCUUAUGGUCCGUUCAAGAUCAAUUACAACACGCAGAAAGAGAAGUGGACAAUGAGCGAGUUGAUUGCUAUGUGUGUUCAAGAAGAAGAGCGCCUUAAAGCUGAAAGACCAGAUGUUGCUCAUCUCACCACCACAAACUCAAAGAAAAGGAAAGGAAACCGUCAAGGAGGAGGAAAAGGUAACAUUUCUAAGGUCCCAAAGAUAGGUGCAAGCGUGAACUCUGGUCCCUACUGUAAGUUUUGCCGUUUCAAAGGGCAUUACCAGAGGGAGUGUCCUAAGUUUAAGGCAUGGCUGACUAAAAAAGGGAUUUCAUUCAAUCCGGACAUUGGGAAGAAAGCAAAGAGUGAUUAAGGUGGGUAACGGAGAAGAAUUAGAAGUGGAGGCCAUUGGAACUAUCUCAUUAAUUUUAGAGAAUGGCUUCAUUCUUCAUCUUCGUGAUGCUCUUUAUGUACCUAAUAUUACUCGUAAUUUAGUGUCUGUAUCGAAACUAAGUGCUGACGGUUUUACAUUUAAUUUCGUAUACAAUAAAGUGACAAUUAGCUUGAACUCAAAUGUAAUAGGAAUUGGUAGCAUGGAGGGAAACCUCUAUAAGUUAUGCUUAGACACUAAUUUUAUGGAAUCCCCAUUGUCAUUUAAUAUAACUGAAAAUCCUUGCAAGAGAAAGAGAGAAUUGGAAUCGUCGUCCAAUUUGUGGCAUCAAAGGUUGGGCCACAUAUCACGAGAUCGAAUGAUAAGACUCAUGAAAGACGGCAUUCUUCCAAAUCUUGACUUCUCAGAUUAUGACAAAUGUGUGAAGUGUUUGAAAGGGAAAUUAUCUAAGAAAACUAAGAAAGGCGCCACGCGAAGCACUGGUUUGUUAGAAUUAAUACACACGGAUAUUUGUGGGCCUUUUCCCGAUUCCAUUAGUGGUCAUAACUCCUUUAUUACUUUCAUAGAUGAUUACUCACGCUAUAUGUACCUAUAUUUGAUUAAGGAAAAAUCUGAAUCACUAGAUAUGUUCAAGGCUUAUAAAGCCGAAGUUGAAAAUCAACUUGAUCGAAAGAUCAAAGUAGUGAGAUCGGAUAGGGGUGGUGAGUUCUAUGGUCGACACACCGAUAUUGGUCAAGCUCCCGGUUCUUUCCAUGAAUUUUGUAAAGAUCACGGGAUCAUCAACCAAUAUACCAUGCCCG